ACAAUGGAUGAUAGGCACUGAAUAACAUGGAUGUGUCUCUGGAUACCUGCUCAUAAUAUAUUUAUAUUAGUAGUUCGGCGCGUUGGCUCCUGAUCCUCUCGAUCACGUUAUUUUUGCACCUAUUGGAUUUCUCUCCAUCGCAGACUUCCCAAAGGGGAAAUUCUCUAAGCGUCUUGAACCUCACGUUUCGCUCCGACUGCUCGCCAACCACCCUCGUCUCCCCACGCGCUACAUCUGACACGCCCUGAUCUCCCGUUCGCCUUCUCGCGCUUUUUUCCUCAUCAACCACGACUAGCUGCCAUCGUGUCGAUGGAUUGUAUGCCUUAGGACGGCCAGAGCUGGACCUGUGUGGCCUUUAAGUUGUGGCUUUGUUCAGCCAGCCGUCCGCUGCCGUGAUCAUGGACUUGCGCACCAUCAUCAACAACGACGCCGCUGCUGGUGGUGUUCAGAGAGCUUCCGCUGCCCAACCCCCGCCGCCUUCUCCUCAACAGCCCCAGGGCCACGAUCUGGAUUCGCUUCACCCUACGAAAAAGCACGAUGAUGUUUCGCCAGCAUCCUACCACACAACCCAACAGCCUCAGCAAACCCCCGAGUUCCGCACGAGACCGCCGCAACCUCCCCCCCUCCAACCCCCUCUACACUCUCCCGGUGGAUCUUCGUCGUAUGGAUCCGCUCACUCACCAUAUCAACAUACGUCGGCGUCUACGUUGAGCAGCGGCGGCCCACAGUCCCAGGGCGCGCACCCGGUGCCCCAUGCCCUGCAGACCUACCACCCUGUUUCGCGCGACAACUUCCCCCCCAAUUCCGCCGGUUCUGCCUACAAUCAAUCUGCAGGGCCACUAUCUUCUCCAUAUACCCCUCAAGCUAUGAGCGCGGGGACCCCGCAAUCAUAUUUCUCGCAACAACGCUCACAAUCUGCUCAUUCUAUUCAAACCCCCACCUCCGCUCAUAGCUACUCUUAUCCGCACCGUGAAAGUAUUGGAGCUCCGCAACAGCAGCCCAUUCAGCAACAUCAACAGUCAUUCUCCCCCAAUCAACAACGCUCCCACCCAGGAACACCCCUUGGUCCCCCCCCAACGUCCUUUUCCCGCCCUUCGCCGCAUCAACCACGACCGCCUUCCGCUGGUUUUGAUUCUCAACAACAGCGCUCCCUUUCCGGUUCCUGGGGUAGCCAAGAUGUUCAGUUACGGAAUAAGAGAGAUGUAGGAUCCCCAAUUGCACAGACUACAGUUGCGCGGCAAGACUCAGGGCUUGGUGGCGAGAAUCAGAGGCGUUAUUCAGUGGGAACCGAGGAGAGGAGUACUCCUCAACCGUAUCGAAAGGACGCCAACGACGCUACAUGGGAAAACAACAGCAAUAGUGCCCUUCAUUUCCAUGGGCAUCCACAUGACGCCAGUGAUACAAUACCGUCACAAUACCCUCCUUCCACACCGAGAACACCACAACCAGCGAACACUAGUCGACCACCAACAACGUCUCCACCUACCAGACGACUACGACAAAGUGAACCUCCCGCCUCAAAUAUGAGCGGUCAAAGCCAAUUAGUAGUGAAAGAAGAUGCCCCUAUUAACAGGUCUAUGCUACCAUCUGGCAUUUCCAAGAAGAAGCGAAGGCGUUAUGAUGAACCUCCGAUCUACGCACGCAAAGCUCCCCGAACUAGUGGCAAUCCUCCACCAAUACCCACCGGUCAUUAUGUUCCUCCCUUUAAACGCGCUAUCGCGAAGCAGGAACCUCAGGCCGACAGGGUUGUUUCGAGAACUCGUUCCCUUCCACCGCCUCCGCCGCAUCCAAUUGCUGAGGCCCCAAACGGCGAAACCACGACAAAUGGGAAUCUUCCUGCCCGACCUCCGCCCGUAGACCAAACCGCCACCUCACUAGGUCCCUGGGAACCGUCCAUUACUGGGCUAAUACCCCACGAAGAAGUCACAAAAUUGAUCUGCGACUUCUUGUUCCAACAGGUUGUUAUGAGAAGAGAUAUUGGAGCAGGGCCCGCUGGAGGAUCAGCUAUAGGACAAGGCGCUGUUCUCGAAGUUGAAGCUAAGCUGGGCAUGCUCGUUGACAGAAAUCGUGGAGAACGUGUUCGGAUACCAGCUCUUACAGAGUGUAUUCUUGCCAAAGAUGAUCCAAGUAUACGAGUUGGUUUUGAAAGCUCAAUGUCUUUGGCCCAACACCGAGCCCUAAACGAUUUCCUCAACGACAUUGUGAAAUCCUCAAUAUCUCAACCGGGCGCCCGCAUUCCAUUAACCUACGCUCACAAAAAAGAACGAGAUACGUUCUACGAAAUCUCAUCCUCCGCCCUCCCGCCCAUAAUCCAACACCAUCUCAAUCCUCGGCACAAGCCUAAAGUCCGCGUGACAACGGACCAGCGAACAGGCGCCGUACUAGCUCGCAUCAUCAAAUGCCGCAUCGCGGAUCUAGAUGUGUAUAGCCCGAGAACUUGUCUUGAUUGGCGAAUAAGCGUCAACCUUGAAAUGAACUACGAAGGCGAUAUUGGCGAGCUCAAUUUGCCGGGUGAACCGAGCUCAUUGAGCGGGCCUGGGGCUCCUCGAGGUGGUGCAAGAAGCAAAGAUCGCAUGAGUUAUAGACAUUUGGCUUAUCAAAUUGACUUGACUCAGGUUGCUACUUCAGAGGACGGCUCCAAUAAUCCCCAGUCAGACUUCGAGCACGAGCUUGAAAUCGAGAUCUCCUCCGCCGAAGUCCGGCGCCAGGGUGACCUAGCGCUUGCGGGGGAUCCGAAAAACCAGUACGAGGAACUUAUCAAAGGGUUUGUAGAUAAUAUACGGGUACUGGCGAGAGCGGUUCCGGGACGUUAAAAGAAGAUCUCAUAAAAUUGGGUUAGGGGCUUUUCUCUGUUCUUCAUUCUUUUCCCUCUUCCUAUUCUUCUUUUUUCCUCGAACCUGCCUUACUUAUUUAUUUACAUAUAACUUAUCUAUCCACCUACCUACCUACCUAUAUACAAAGGAAUAAUUUAUUUUACUACUGGCACCUCUCUCCUUUUCCCCUGGGAUUGUAAAUUUUUACUCUUCCAUCUGCCCCACAUCAUGUUCAAUGCAUCAUAUAUAUUUUUCAAGAUUUUGCUACUUGGGUGUUUUGCUACCCGUCAUGGUCUUUCUUCGGUAUGAUUCGCUACUCUCAAUAUCUAGCUCUCAAAUGGCGAAUGGUUGUUUUUUUGUUUUUUUUUUAUCUUCAUUUCUUUCUCAAUUGCUCGUCCCAUUUCCCCUCUUCUCAUCGAAGUUCUAGGCUUUACUAUUAAUCAUCGUAUUCCCCUCCUUUUUAAUGCUCUCCCCUUCUUCUCUCUUUCCUUCAUAAAAACCAAAAGAAAACAAAGAAGAAAAAAAUGUGGAGAUUUGUAUCCACAUACCAUCCGUUACAUCAAUCACCCACCCUUUCUAAAUACCUACGUUUUACAUUGCAAUUCAUUUUGUAAUUACUACACUCUCCCCCCAUACACUCAAAUGAGUUAAGUGGAAAAACAUACGAUGAGGAAAAAAAAAAAAAAAAAAAAAAAAAAAAAAAGAACAAAAAGAACAAAAAGAAAUAUCCAAAAAAUUUUCAAGCAAGCCAAAGGAGUUGAUUGGGAGAAAAAAUAAAUGCAUGCUUCGAGAAGCAUACAUGUGUAUAUACAAAUGAUAUCGGAUAAAGUCAUAAGAUCCACGAAGAGAGGUUAGCUGGGCGAAAUGACAACGAAGUAAGGGAAGGGGGGAAUAGUGAAGAUAAAAACGCGAAGACAAAGGAGGGGGCAUCGAAAUGGAGUAGAGUAGAGGUGAAGAGAAGAGGUGAAGGGGGAAGAGGGUAAAAAUAAAAAGAACCAGGAACCCAGAAAAAGAAUGUAAAAUCAUUUGCAUCAUAACGUCAGUCCCUAAACGCCUAUUGAAGCACAGACACAGAUUACCCUCCGUUUUUGCUUCUGCCUCAUUCCUCAUCUACCCCCCACCACCCACGGCGGCGCCAGCGAUAACCGUAGACGUCGCCUGUGGCCCUCCGCUGGUGGCAGCUGCAUUUGCGCCCUCACCACCACCCCCACCACCCCCACCAUCCCCACCAGCCGUCCCAGGUGUACUAGUAGUCGGCCUCCCACCCCUUUCCCUCAUCCGUCUCCCCUCCAUCAAUCCACGUAAUCCUCUCUUCUGCAGCCCAACAACACUACUAAUCUCACCUGUCCAAAUCUCCCGUUCAGGCUUGGCCCGCCCGCGCCCAUGGCUAAGCAUGUCAUCAUCCAUGUUAUUAUUCAUGUGUUCAUUAUGAUGAGCAAUAUCAUCCGCACCCAUUGAUUCUGAGAAGCUGAGGCUGGUAUUUGUCGAUGCUGAUGUGGCCGUGCUUGCUGCGCUGCUGACUGAUUCGGCGCGGUUGCGGUUGCCGCCGGCUGUGCUUCCAGAGUUCAAAUUUGUGGUGUUAAUGCGAAGGUUGGCGGGUCGCUGGGCGCUUGAUGUGCGACGUUGGGUGGCUCCAAGUCCACUACCACCACCAACGCCUCGACCAAUUGCACCCGACCGAGGCCCCGUUGUGUCUCCGGACUCUGUAUCUGAGGAAUUUGAGUUGAGAUUCAGCCUGCUCAUUGGAUCUGUGGCGGACUCGACGGCGUUGGAGCGCGAGUGUGCGCCGUUUAGAACUUCGAGCGUUCCACCAGGUCCGCUGGCAAAGCCUGUGCCACGGCCUCCGCCCGCAGCCAUGGCGGCUGCGUUGAAAACAGCUGCAGCAUUCCGGCCGUCUAGAACUUGGUGUAGUCGUUCGACCGUGGCUUCGAGUAGGCCGUCGACCUGGUAGGGGCGUGCGAGCUGGAGGAGAGAGCAGAGGAUUUGCGGGGUGCAGAGCUGGGAGCCAGGGGGUGGGAGUGAGGAAGUAUACAGAUAUUGGACGAGAAGUUGGACGGUUAGAUGGGUAUGCGGGAGAUAUAGAGUUCUAGGGCGGGAAGUUGGUGUAAGGGUGUGUGCGGAGGGGAUUUCGAGGUUGGGGAGGAGCGACGGGGCGGCUUUCCGGUUGGAUGAUGAGCUACUGCGACCGACUAGGGUCGUCGCGGUAGAAUAGUUGCUGCUGUUGCCCACUGAAGGUGUUAUUGUGAUGCUAGAGUUUCGGCUAGGGUGAGAUGAGGGCUGCUGGCGUAGGGUAGCGGAAUCGGACAUGAUCUCUUCCGAGGCUGUAGAUUCACGGAGAAGUUGAAUAAAAUAUGGGCCCCAACGACGAGCCAAAAUAUGUGAGUUAACCGGGAUACGUUCGCCGCCAAUGGUGAGCAACUCCAUAUCAGACAACUCCCGAAGUGAUAGGGCCAUCUUGCCGAACUCUUCCGCUGCGGUAGAUAAUGGUCGACCUCCGGGACCAUGCUGGGAAAUCUUUGCUUGUAAAGAAGCAGGUACCAUGGGGCUGCUUACAGAGACAUACCCCGAAGUCGGGGAGCUUCGUCGUGGAUUCUCAUAUAGGCCGAAUGCUUCGAGUUCCACAAAACAAAUGUGCGAGAAAUUGAUGCGCCGGUGGUUGUAAUCUUCAACUAAACUUCGCUUCCGAUGUCCCAUAACGACGAAUGUGCUUCGCCUACUCCACAGGACACCGCGAUUCCAACUGCCGUGUCCAAAAAUGGCUCCUCCGGCGUCAAUCCGGCCCCACGUAAGUGUUUUCAAAUCCAGAGCCCACAUUGCAUACUCUUGUUUGGAAGACGUAAGAUAAGUACCGCUAACCACAAAAUGUCCAUUAAUAAUGCCUCCAUUGGGGAACCGUAAGCCGGGAGGCGAAACCGUGCCAUUCAUUGGCUUCUCGAUUAGUUUUCCGUCAGGUAAACGGAACUGCAGAUUUAAUUUGACAUCUAAGAAAUUGUAAUUUGAAUAUAUCAACAGCAGGGGAUCUGGUUUCUGGGCAUCUGGCUUCGUCGGGUCCCUGAACCCUUCCACUUCAACCCCACCUCCAAUAUCGGAAGCGUUCACCCCGAUCAAAGGGGUAGCAACACUGCGAUAGGCUCCGCAACUGCGAUCAAGAGAGGUGGUGGAAGUCCAUUUUAGGCUUCGCAGAUUAAAAACAUUUAUUUCUUCAAAAUAAUGAUUCGACGUAUCCUGGCCACCAACAACGAUCAUCUCCGCCCCUCCAUAUCCAUCAAUCUCUACACCUAGCGUCCCUUGGUGGGGAUUAGACGAAGAAGGGUUAUGGUGGAGAGCGGACAGAGGGGCAUCAGAGGAGCCGAAAGCAGCGCCGGAGGGUAGAAUUGUUGCACAAUGGGCAUAUCUUCCCCGGGGGGCGUUGGCGGUCGGAAUAAAAACCCACGUUCUACUAGGCACAUCAAAGAUAUAUAUAUCUGACAAAAGCACAACUCCUUGCUGUGAUUCCUGCCCUGGUUGUUGCGCAUUUGGGUUUGGAUUCGCGGGAGGCUGACCUGGAACAGCAGUUUUCGCAGACAUGCCGCCGUAGCAAACCAGUUUCGAAUCGCCCAAAGCACAUACUGUGUGGAAAUAACGUGGAGGGGGAAUGUCCCCCGUCGUCUCUAAUUUGGUCCAGUGACGACGUACCAAAUCCAAUUCGUACAUCUCAUUGGUUAACAGCUCGGGCCUGCUUCUUGACUGCAGCCGCCCCCCAAAUACAUAUAGCUUAUCUCCAAGAACGGUGCUGGAAGGCCCCACAAGCGGGUGGGGUUCUCUGCCUGUCGUUCGAUGAACAUUACACACCAGGCCAGAUAAAUUCGUCGGGCCUGACGAUGUAUUGUGACCACUUUGCAGAUUUGAAGGGGCAGGUUGGUUUCCAGUUGCAGUAUUCAGUCCAGCAUUUUGCUCCUGAAAAGAGUCAUACUGGGCCCCACUAGUGAUAUUAGACGCCAUCGUUUUAAGCACAAUUGCGGUUGACUGGUUCGACGUAUUAAGUGUUUUAUUGGUAGACGACCGCACAAGCGGUGAUUCGGGGCCUGCUUUUCCGGUUGGUGUCUCGAUUGGUGGCGGGCUUUUUGGCACAGAGUGAAGUCCACCUUCAGAAAAGGAUAACGAGCUUUUCCGGUUACCGUUCUCCCUCGGCUCCUGGUACUCCAGAAACCUCUUUUCCAGCUGAAGAUUUUGGCUGAGACCAGGUUCCAACACAGCAGCAGGGACGGGUAAACUUGGGCGCCGAAACGGGUCCAGAUCUGGUGCUUUGGGAGUAGUUGGAGUUGCAAGACGGAACUCGUCAGGGAUCUUAUUGCGUGGAAUUCCCUCCGCUGGAGCUUUUGCGGGGCCCUUCGAAACGAAUUUUCUCGAAGGCCAAGUUGUGGAUAUGGUAGUACUACGGGCUUUGGAAGGGCGAAAGUAUUUAAUCACAGAGGCAAAUCGUUUCGAGCCGUCUGGGGUAAGUGGUGGUAUUGGGGGUGCUGUAGGCGUUGACGAUGGCCCUGCAGCCACAUUCGGGGGAAUACUUCCUUCAGCCGGCUUGUUGGUUUCACGUCCUGAGCCUGUUCCUGCCAUGAUUAGCUAGAAUUCUACAGAUGAAGGGCUGGUUGAGGUUUUGAAUUGCCAUUCGCCAGAACGAAAAAAGGUCGAGUGCGAGGGGAAAGGAAAAAAGCAAAAUCCAGAGGCAGCGAUAAGUCUUAUAUGUAUAAAACAAAAAUACGAGUUGUCAAACAUACGGUUGUAGGAAUUUCGUCAGGUGUUCGUCACUUCUUUGUCU